AGCACACUCAGUUGAUUAUGGCGGUGGGUAUUGAUGAACCGGCGGCAGAGUUGCGCAGGAAGAGGGUGGAGUUUCAUCCUUCCGUUUGGAACGACUUCUUUGCUCGCUCUAACAUGUCCACCAACGCUGCUGAUUCUCAGAAUUUGGAGGAAGCUCAGAAACUGACGGAAGAAGUCAGGGAGAUGCUCAGGGGAGCUGUUAGUAACGAUGAUAAGAAGAAGAAGGCUACGGUUCUGGAAACGCUGGAGAUGAUUGAUGCCCUCCAAAGGCUGGGCAUCGCUUAUCAUUUCGAAGAAGAGAUCGAAGCAGCUCUGCUUCGAAUCUCCGGUGCCACCGCCGAUGGGUAUGUCGACGCCGACGGUAACUUAUACGUUGUCUCCCUCCGAUUCCGGCUUCUAAGGCAGCAGGGCUACCACAUCAAUCCGGCGCUUUUGUUGGAGAAAUUCAAAGACGAGAAGGGGAACUUCAAGGAAGAUGUGUCCGGCGACGUGAAAGGACUAUUGAGCUUGUACGAAGCUGCUUACUACAGAGUUAACGGGGAACAGGUACUGGAUGAAGCACUCGAGUUCGCAAGAAGUCACCUUGAGCCCAUUGCCCAGCUACAGAACUCGCCUUGGGCCAGCCAAGUGAGACACUCGUUGAAAUGGCCCAUACUCAAAGGGCUUCCCAUAAGAGAGUCGAGGCACUUCAUGUCGAUAUACCAACAAGACGAAAGGCACAACGAAGCCAUUCUGAAGUUAGGGAAGCUGGACUUCAACUUGGUCCAGAAGUUGCAUCAGCACGAGCUUAAUAUUCUCACCAAGUGGUGGAUGGAUUUGGACACGCCAACUACACUACCGUUUGCGCGGGACAGGGUGAUUGAGUGCUACAUGUGGCCGUUGGGUGGAUUUGUGAGGCCUGAUUAUACCACUGGAAGAAUUUUUGUCACGAAAAUCACCGCACUUGUUUCCACCUUAGAUGACAUUUUCGAUGUCCAUGGCACCAUCGAUGAACUUGAGAGCAUUACCAAAGUCAUGGAGAGGUGGGAAAUUACAGAUGAAGACGUGCUCCCUAGCUAUUUCAAGUUCUGGUUCAAGACCUUGCUUGACGUGUUUGCUGAAAUUGAAGCUCAUGUGUCCAAGGAAGACAGGUCCUUUUGUGUGGAGUAUGCAAUGGAAGCGGUGAAACAGAUAGUGAGGGCAUUCAUCAAGGAAGCCAGAUGGUACAACAAAGGUUAUGUAGCAACAAUGGAGGAACACGUGCCUAAUGGUUAUGUGAGCAUUGGGUAUCCCCUGGCUAUUACCGUUGUCUAUUGUGGGAUGGGUGAAGUUGCUUCCAAAGAGGUCUUCCAAUGGCUGUUCAGUCAACCCAACCCUAAAAUCCUUGUGGCUGGUUCUAGCAUCGCCAGGCUCAUGGAUGACAUAGUCUCCCACGAGUUUGAGCAAGAAAGGGGACAUGUGGCUUCGUCUGUAGAGUGCUACAUGAAGCAAUACGGUGUGUCAAAGCAAGAGGCGUACGUGGGGUUGAACAAUUUGGUGGAGAAACUGUGGAAAGACAUGAACGAGGAUCUGAUGCUGCCUUUGAAAGCUCCGUUACCGAUUCUGAUGACCAUAGUGAAUAUGGUGCGUGUCAUGGAUCUUCUGUAUAAGGAUGAAGACACUUACACGCAUGCCAAGACCUUCAUGAAAGAAUUGCUCACCAACAUUCUCGUGGAUCCUGUGCCUAUAUAACCCAGCUAUAUAUUCUUGUUGCCAAUAAGAUCUUUGGGCAGCUCAAUGCAUGGUGUGUGUAUUUUUAGUAUAUCUUUAUGUUACUUUUGUGUUGUGGACUCAGGGUCCAUCGAUUAAGCGUUGUCAAAUAAAUAUGUCAACACCAAUGUAACAUUGUUUAAACUAUUACAUCGCCAUGAACUUAUGGAUAUUGCAUGUUUCAGGAUAGGAUGGAGAACUCUAUUGUUAUAUAUAAAUGCA